AUGAUCUGGCGCCGGUCUCUCCGGAUAUUUCUCCAAUUUAUCUAUUAUUUCUUGGGAUCGACUCUGAUUGCCGUGGUACUCGCAACCCUAACCGAAUGCCAGCCAUUCAACCACUACUGGCAAGUAGUUCCGGACCCAGGCGCCCAGUGUCGCUCCGGCUACGCGAACCUGAUUACAAUGGGAGUAUGCGACGUGAUUACGGAUCUUCUUCUUGUGGCCUUUCCUAUUCCCCUGAUUAUGAUGACUCACAUGCCUGCGAAACGCAAAGCCUCGCUCGUUAUUCUCUUUGCCUUAUCCUUGAUUCUUGUCGGUAUCACCUGCUACCGCGUACCCUCUGUGAUCGGCCACCAAGGGUCACAGCAAUACCGAUCUCUUCUGGCAUCUCUAGAGAUCCUCGCUGCCACGGCGGUUUCUAAUGCCAUAGUCAUUGGGUCCUUCGUGCGAGACAAGGGCGUCAAGAAAGCCAAGUUCAAAAAGGCAAUUGGAUCGGCCUCCGUCAGCGAGAGCAUGGAUCACAGCUCGGUUCGUCGUACAACUAUCACGCACCAUCACUGGGGCAGUGACUCCGACCUAGCAGGAGAUCUGGGCAUCCGUUUGCACCCUGACCUGGUUUCUUCCGACCACAAGCUGCCUCGUCCAGCCCCCGUGGUUGCUCCCUGCGAGCCUUUUACAGCCCGUACGGGCACCCUGGAUCCAAAUUGGUCUUUCCACCGUCAUGCCCCUGCUACCGACGACGACCGAUCCUCUACUACAGGCAGUCUUGAUAUCAAAGUGAGCCCACACGAGUAUAUUCCGACCAAUAAAACGCCACGCAAACCGUCGGGUGACUCCGUCCCGAGCUCACCCGGCCGAGUCUCCAUGUUCGACGUCGGCGGUCUCCUGGAUCCUUCUCCCAGGAGCAGCCCCCCUCCAACCUCACAUAUGCAAUACCAAAUGCCUCCUCCCGGGCAAACGACCCGUGCACGCAGUGGAAGCACAGCUUUUCUUCAAGACGUUGGCGGUCUACUCUCCGCCCCGACCUCAGGGACUCCUCCAAACGCUUCACCGAAUUUCUCACGACCUGGCGGUCUUCGUAGUAACUCAUAUGGCCGCCGACGAGGAUCCAGCGUGCAUUUUAGUGAUACGCCGGAGUCACCGGCUCCACCGUAUCGAUCUCAGUCUGAUGUAACUGCCCCAAUUCCUGAGGGAAGCGACGACGUCGAACUUCAGGAUGUUGGGGGAUUACUAUCAAAACAUUCAUGA